GCAUCUCAAUCGAGAGACUUUGCAUGCAGUUUUGCCUCUGAGUUAUUAAUGCGGCUGGCGCUUUGAGUUAAGUGAUAUUUUAGUGAUUAAAAAUGGUAAGUACAACAGGGUUUGGAUCAACUAUGGAAGAAAGAUAUAAAUUCGAGCUUAGCGUCGCCGAUUACAAAACGAACGAUCCUCAAGGCACUUCCGCCAUACAACGAACGAACUCCGAUGCCUCUGUUCAACAGACGAGUAAAGAUAUAAUCAAACAAAAACUGACCGCCAGAGUUUCCCCGAUGACGCGACAUCAGGAGCAAUUUUUGGAUAGAAGACUUCAUCCGCUGACUUUAGUUCCUAGUCGUGGAAAAUCAACUCGAACAUAUGGAGCGAGCACCAAAACACAGCUUACCGAUAUUGGUACUGCUGCACCUUUCAUAAAACGCGAACCGCAAAAACUUGCGGAGAAGCGAAAAUUCCAAGCUACAAAUGUUAUAAUUGCCCCUAAAACUGUCAAGUCAGACACUUCUCCCAGUAAACGAAAAAAAUCCGAGACGAAAAAGCCCAGACCAAUUCUGCCACGGACGAUGCAAGUUCCAGUUCAGCCAGAAGUUAAACCAGUUGUUGAACCAGCUGUUAAACCAGCUACACCUGUCAGUCCAGAACCUAAACUGAUGAGUGAUAAUGUGGCAACAAUGAGUCUCCUGUCAGCCACAGAGUGUCACCUGGCAACACUUCAAGAUGAAGAUGGCGACACGCCUCUUCACAUAGCUAUUGCACAUGGGAACACCCAACUUGUAGAAUACCUCAUCAACCUCAUGUCAUGCCUAACACUGGACAUUUAUAACAACCUGAAACAAACGCCGUUACACCUGGCUGUCAUCACAGUACAACCUUAUAUUGUAGAAAAGCUUGUGUCUGCGGGAGCAAACGUGAACUUGCCUGAUCGUAAUGGUCAAACACCAACCCACCUAGCUUGCAAUAGAGCAAGUGUAGAAUGCUUAGAAACACUUGUAAAGGCAAGGAAUACUCCUGACUUGGAGUUAAGGAACUUUAAUGGGUACACUCCUCUUCACGAAGCUGUACUUGCAGGUUGUUCUGGGGCAGUGACUUGUUUAAUAAGACAAGGUGCUAAAGUUAAUUGUAAGGAUGGUAAAGGUGGUCGUACCCCACUGCAUCAUGCAGUAGAGACAGAAAACAUGGAAGUGAUACAAGAGCUGCUAAAGUGUGGUGCAAGUGCCAGUGAAGGAAGUUUCUCAGGGAACACUCCAUUGCAGAUAGCUAGUGGGCGCUCCAUGCAGAACGUUAGGCUCCUACUGGAAGCAGCUAGCACUAACAUCAAACCAAGCAAACAUCGGGAGAUCACCCAUGUAGAAAAGUCUCCGCUGGUUUUGCCAAAGUAUGACGACAGACGGCAAGUUAUAGUGAAAAGCACCUAUGCAUAACCUCGACAGCCCAAGAUAGACACAGUUUAAAUUCACUGCAGCUGAUUACAAUAAUCUCUGUGCAUGAGUAUUACCCUUGAUUGUGUUAAAAUAAGCUAAGACUGUUACACCUCAUAUCAAGUUAUUGAGCUCACAGGCAUUUACACUCAGGUACUUAAAUAUUAAAUAUUUAUAAGUUAAUACUAUUCUUUUUGUAGAGAUAUUGAGAGAAGUCAGUGUACAUCUUCAUAACAUUUUUAGUUGUACAGUACCAGUCAAAGAAACUUUAAGUUUGGUAUUAGUAACAAGAUAUUAAAAUGGAAUCUGGUUAACAUUUAAGUUGAAAUUUUAGUAGGAUAAAAUACUUAUUAAAAAAGGGUCCAUGGUGCAAACUUGGAUUUGCACAGCAAUCAGAGACACAAAAAAUUAUUAUUUGCGAGCUUCAGCAUUAUCUUUCCUUGCAUCACAUAUUUUUUUAAAGCAAAACUGUAAGGAAAGUUAUUUUUUAUUCAAGCUUGUUGGCAUACUUUACAAUGAGCUUUCACAAGAGAAACUGUCUGUAAGACAGCAUUCUUCUGGUUGUAAAAACUCUGUUGAUUACUUAGUUAGGUGUUGAUAAUCAUACUGUUGAACUGCACAUUUUUGAACAAUAAAACUCUGAGCAAUCAACUGAAAGGGGUUUUUAUUGUUAACUAAAACUCUCCUUUUGGAUUGAGCUGUUGUCAUUAUUACUUCUGUAAAGUGUACUUACUAAGCACUCACUCAGAGCUUUCAUGUUUUAAAGGUGCAGUAAUAUAACAGCCAGCAAAUGUACCAUUGCUAUGCAAUGAAUAAAGUACUGUAUCACUUUUUAGUGAAA